CGUGCAGUGGCAUUUCAGUGUCAAACCACCUCUGGAAUUUCAGAGAAGAAGAGGAGGAAGCUAAUUAUGGGACGUAGGCUCUAGGUGCAACAUUGAAGAGAGUAAGAGAGAGAGAUUUUUUUUUUUCCACCCUGAAGGAGAAUUUGACUUGUGCUCUGCAAAUACAUGAAAUCCGACGUGCCUUGUGUAAGUUAAGACCCAUUCCUGUCUAAGCUUUUUAAUGAGAGUAAGCCCCCAGGAGGAAUAGCCGGAACUCACAGGAACCAAAGUCAGCCCCGUGGGAAACAAAGCUCUUUGGCUGCUCACAGUCACAGACAUGCAGCCGUUUGCCUUUGUUGGUGCUCUUUGUCUCCUGCUCCAAAUCUUAUCUGGGAGUGCAGAAGCUCAUAGGCACUACCGACAAGUCCUUACUGCAAACCAAGCGGGUGUGUGUCGCUAUGGCAGGAGAUUGGAGUGCUGCUAUGGCUGGAAGAAAAACAGUAAAGGACAGUGUGAGGCUCAGUGUGAGCAUGGCUGCAAGCAUGGGGAGUGUGUUGGCCCCAACAAAUGCAAGUGUUUCCCGGGAUACACCGGAAAGACGUGUAAUCAAGAUCUGAAUGAGUGCGGCCUGAAACCUCGUCCCUGUGAGCAUCGCUGCAUGAACAGCUAUGGAAGUUACAAGUGCUACUGUCUCAAUGGUUACACCUUAACUCCUGAUGGAUCUUGCAUCAAUUCCAGGACAUGCUCUCUUGCUCACUGUCAGUAUGGUUGUGAAGAAGUUCAGGGGGAGAUUCGCUGUCUCUGCCCAUCUGCGGGGCUGCAGCUUGGACAAGAUGAGAGGACUUGUGUAGAUAUCGAUGAAUGUGUAACUGGGAAGAACCUCUGUCCAUACAACAGACAAUGUGUGAACACCUUCGGCAGCUACUUCUGCAAGUGCCAGGAGGGCUAUGAUCUGAAAUAUGUUGACGGCAAAUAUGACUGUGUAGACCAUGAUGAGUGUGCCUCUGGCACCCACAAGUGCAGCCACCACGCUGACUGUUUGAACACUCAAGGAUCCUACAAGUGCAGGUGCAAGUCUGGCUUCAGAGGCAAUGGCUAUGAAUGCUCUGUCAAGCCGUUUUAUCAGAGGGCGUGGGAUGGCGACAAAGGCAGUGCAGAUGAUUUCCUCAAUGUCAUCCCAGACUCCCAAGUGAGCACCAGGAUUCUGGGAGGCAAGCUGGAUAAUGAGGACAUCAAAAAUGCUAUUCCUGAACCAGUUGCGACGCCAACCCCUAAGGUCCGCGAGCAGCCUUUUGACUAUGAUGGAGAAGUCUACAUUGGCAGCCAGACUGAGGAGAGGCAGGAAGAUGAAUUUCCUGAGGAAGAGGAGGAGGAGGAGGAGGAAGAAGAGGAAGACAACCAGCUCAAUCCAAGAGGAGAUGUUUUCAUAUCAGAGGACUUUGAAUCAGUGUUUCGCCCAGCCACAGAAGUCAAAGAAAUCCAAAUAACACCAGUUCAGGAAGAGUUUAUCAUGGACUGCAACUUUGAUCAGGGAGCAUGUGAGUGGGUCCAAGACAAAACUGAUGACAUGGACUGGAGUGUAGCCUACCAUGAUGAUGGUGCUGAGUACUACAUGGCCAUGAAUGGGCUCAUAGGGGAGCAGAAGGAUAUAGCCAAGCUAAAACUGCUCCUCAGCGACCGGGCUCAGCAGGGCAGCUUCUGCCUCACCUUCGACUACCGCGUGGUGGGUCAUCAUGUGGGAUCUCUCAGGGUGCUGCUGGAUAACACUCCUUAUCCAGUAUGGGAGCAGAGCCAAAGCAAAGAUCAGAGCUGGCAGACAGAACUCCUCACUGUAGCCUGGACAGAGGAGGCCCCAGAAUCUGUUGUGUUUGAAGCUGAGCGUGGGAAUGGCGUUGGAGGAGAGAUUGGGUUGGACAAUGUUGUUCUGACCUCAGGGAAGUGUCAUGAGGAUGCCGACCCCAUCUUUUAAGCAUCUUCAUCCUGGAUCUACACAAAAUCUGCUCUUAUUGCCACAUGUCAAAGAUUCCUGUUUCCUGAUGCAUUGUGGUCUUUUCCCUGUGGUGUUUAUCAUUGUUUACUCAUGGCUUAGCCACAGUACAUCCAUAAUUAUUAUGAUCAUUCAGUAGUGCAUGCAUGUUUACUUCAUUGCCAUGCUGCUACAUUCUCCAUCGUGAUUUUUCGAAGAUUACUCGCAUCUCAGGAAUACAUGGAAAUGCUGAUUUGGUGUCUUAGUUAGGUUGAACAGUAUUGUGCUAAGUACUUUGUUGUAUAUGUGAUAGUGUAUUGCUGUUAACUGAAAAUAAUCUGACAUGUAAUGUGAAUUGUUAGGUGAAUUAUAUCUGAAAAUUAGUCUUAGAUUAAUAAUUUUUUGAAGGCCGGUUAGUUUAAAUGAUAAAAAAAAUAUCAUUGGAUAUCUGCUGUACAUUUUGCUUCCAUAUCAUACUGUAUUAUUACAUUAAAACUGUUUUUUUUUUCUA